CACAUUUCAUCAUACUACCAUGUGUACCGCGCCGUUGCAGAACGCAAAACAGUAAAAAUUGGUCUUCCAAGUCUGUAUCAUCAUCCUAAAAAACAUCGAGUAAGGGACCUCCAGCUGAACACCUGGGCAUUUGAAGUCCGCCGCUGCAGCUGGGCGGGAUGGCCAGGGUGUUCCUUAACGUACCGGUAAUGCAAACAGUACACGUGCAUACGACUGCAGAUAUGAACGUAACGUUGACUCGCGACCAUCAAGGACCACAAGGACCGUAAAAAGACAACCUUGGGACCUUGAACCCAAUUGCAGCGGCGACGAUACAAACGAAUCGGAAUAUGAUGGCUCACCCAUCGCAAGGUGGGGCACAUCCGCUGAGUGCGGGCCCUACGAACCCUCAGCCUUAUCAGGACGCAUACAGUGGCUUCACCGAGUACGUUCUUUCGAUCAACAGGCCCCAAUAUCCAUCCGCCAACGAGAUGUAUCUCAAAGAGCAAUUGCGUAGUUUGAUUGACGUAGAGAUAGUGCAAAGAAUACAGCCGUCAGCACGUGUCAUUCCAUUCGGCUCCUUGGUGAAUGGAUUCGCAACUGCCAACAGCGAUCUCGACCUCUGCAUUCUUGACGAUUCCCCCAAUCCACGAUAUAAGAUCAAGACGGAACUCCCCGAGGUUCUUGCCGCAGAAUUCGAACGAUAUGGGUUUGAGGUCAAACUUCUUACGAAAACAAGAAUUCCCAUCAUCAAACUUGUACAAGGGCCAACAGCACAAUUUCCGCUUGGAUUAGCCAUGGACAUCGGCUUUGAGAAUAGACUGGCGCUCCACAAUACUCGCCUCCUUGCCACAUACUCAAGAAUAGAUUCUCGCUUACGGGAGAUGGUAUUAUUUGUGAAACACUGGGCAAAAGUCAGAGGAAUCAAUUCUUCGUAUCAUGGGACUCUGAGCAGUUACGGAUAUGUCCUCACAAUCCUUCACUUCCUUAUCAACGUGGCUAGCCCUUCUUGCCUUCCAAACUUGCAACAUAUCGGUGCGCAAGUUCCGGUACCGUUCGAGGAACUAGAAUGCGAAGGUUACAACAUCUGGUUCUUCAAGGACCUUACUAACAUACCUCCAUCGCUCAACCGGCGGUCGAUUGGCGAGCUUAUGGCGGAAUAUUUCUCAUAUUAUGCUCAGUUCGAUUUUCGGAAUAUGGUCAUAAGCAUCAGAACACCGGGAGGGCUGCUCACAAAAACAAGCAAAGGCUGGACUCAGGCUCUAGAUAGAGUUGGUCCUGAAGACCAAAAAGUUCGUAGCCGGAACUUCCUUUGUAUCGAGGAUCCAUUUGAAAUUACUCACAACGUCGGGCGGACGGUGGGCAAGAAUGGGUUAUAUGAUGUAUGGCCUUUUGUCUCGUUUGCGUGAAUAGAGCUGAUGACCGUACAUACAGAUCCGAGGAGAAUAUAUGCGUGCUUCAAAGUUGACACGAGCGCGUGAUC